CCAUGGAAAACGUCAUAGUUGCCCGGAUGUCCGCCAUCUUGGAGGGAAUCAUACGCGAAGUGGUUUUCUUUCGAGUUUGAGGCGCAGUUUGGACGUUAUUUUCCAAGGGCAGCAUCAUUUGAGUAACAAUGACUGAGAGACAGUUGGACUGUGCCUUAGACUUAAUGAGGCGGCUCCCACCUCAGGCCAUUGAGAAGAACCUCAGCGACCUUAUAGACUUGGUACCAGAGCUAUGUGAGGACCUGCUGUCGUCGGUGGAUCAGCCACUAAAGAUUGCCCGCGACAGCCAUGCGGGAAAGGACUACCUACUGUGCGACUAUAACAGAGAUGGUGAUUCCUACAGGUCACCGUGGAGCAACAAGUACGACCCACCUCUGGACGACGGAGCCGUCCCGUCUGCCAAGCUCCGCAAGCUUGAGAUAGACGCCAACGUUGCCUUUGACACCUACAGAGACCUGUACUUUGAAGGGGGCGUGUCCUCCGUGUAUCUGUGGGAUCUGGACCAUGGCUUUGCCGGGGUCAUCCUCAUCAAGAAGGCCGGGGAUGGAUCCAAGACCAUCCAGGGCUGCUGGGAUUCCAUUCACGUCGUCGAAGUCCAGGACAAGUCCAGUGGCCGCAAUGCACACUACAAGCUGACGUCCACUGUCAUGCUUUGGCUUCAGACCAACAAGAGCGGGUCAGGAAUGAUGAACCUCGGCGGCAGUCUGACAAGACAGGCGGAGAAAGAUUCGGCAGUGAGCGAAGCCACACCCCACAUCGUAAACAUCGGCAAGAUGGUAGAGGAAAUGGAGAACAAAAUGAGGACCACGCUUAAUGAAAUCUACUUCGGAAAGACGAAAGAUAUCAUUAAUGAUCUAAGGAGCGUCGGUAGCUUAAACGCAAAGAGUCAACAACAGCAACUAGCCAAGGAACUAUUUCAGAACCUUCAGAGUCGCCAAAAAUAGGGGUAGUGUUGGCACAGCGUCAUCCUCUGUGAUUGAUAUAAUAUCCUCCACGUUAACAGGCAAGUCAGGAGGUGGGGCUAGGGCUUUGGGGGCGUACAAAGAUUUUGCAGUGGCACGGGUUCUCAACACCGCCACAGUCGAUGACAGAAAUCUCCCGCGUGGGUAGAUGUGAAUGGAAGUAUGGAACGUUCUCAAUUUAUAAGGCAGACUGUCAUUUAUUUUGGUUUUCUUGUUUUACAAAAUACCGGCACUGGUAUUUAUUGAUUUCCUGUUCGCGUCUGCCACAGUCAGACAACAGUCGUGUCUCACUCCGGGACUCGAGACAAAAUAAGAACUUAGGGACAGCAUAAUUAACAAUUUUGGGAAGAAAAGCGAACAAGUUAGAAUUCAUUCCAAGCAUGGAAGAUAAUGUUAACUUUUAAACAGGACGUGUUAUUUAUCUUCUUUUUUUCCAUGCCUUUCAAUUGCCUUUCACAGGAUAACUCCAAAAAUAUGGUUAAUCGCAUUACUAACUUCAUGCCUUGUGUUUAUAUUAUUAACCAUGUAAAUGUAGAGGAAAAAGAAACCUGUCAGUCGAAGAGUUUGUUGAAAUUUGAAUUGCAUAUACUUGGUAUUUAGUUACGUUUUUCAGAGUGUGCUUGGCACUCUCACAACAGUAGCUUCCUCUUUUUUUCCUUUUCUUCAGCGAUGGAGGAUGGAGAAAUGUUGACAGUGUAGUCCUAAAUUAUUUCCAAACAUGGCUAUAUGGCAUGGUGCAGGCAGCAACAGAUUUUGUUGUGAUUUUGUUAGUGAAUUGGCACUUGCAUCAAUGACCUAUGUAAAGCAGGUACUUUUUGGUUGGUUGGGGGGGGCAGCAGUUGGGGAAAGUUGAGGGCCACAACUGCCAUGCCAGAAUGUGCUCCAUUCAAACGAAAAUUGGCCACCACUACAAGUCAUUGACUUAUUGCACUGUUGCCGCAGGUGAGCUGUGGCUUUGGAAUUGUGGAUACCAUCCGAUGUGGGGUUCUUGCCUUAAUGCACUGCCACCUUGGCCCCAUUUUGACUGUCUUCAAUUUUUACAUAAAACUUCCACAUUUAUUUCAGGGCGAACCCAAGCACUCGGCACUGGGCCAAACACAUAGCAAUGUAACAACACUUCUCCAAAAUAAUGUUAGGAAAUAAACACGCAGUCUAUUUGUAUCCACCCCAGCACGCAAACAUCCACUGAUACUCAAGUGCAAAAUUUAGAUGCACAAAUACGUACACUGAGGUUUACCCAGAUUUUCAUCAGCAGUUGGUGUUUUAGCAGCGCCACAAAAGUGGUCACCACUGGCUAAGAUAGCGGAAGGGUUUAAUCAAUAAUUGUAAAAUGACAGUAACUGGUACUUUUUUUCCCCGUAGAAAUAAUCUUUUCAAUGAGGGUUUAGUUGCUGUGCAUGUUCUGUUCAACGCCAAUGAACUAUACCAUAUGAGACCACAGACUUGUUUGGAUAGACAGGAUUUGGACUGGAUAUUCACAUAUAAAGGGCGAAACCUGUACGUUUACCGUAAGUUAGGGUACGUAUUUUCUGCGUCGGGCAGAAAUGUAGAAACUGUAAAAUAAUACUUUUUCUUUUUUUAAAACAAUCUGUGUUAUUUUGCCAAUGGACUAGCCUGUUUUUUCGUUGCAUUGCGCAUUCCAGUUUGCUUCAUGUACGCAAGAGAAAAGUCGUCACAAGAGGUUGUACCAACAUGUUUGAAAACUGGAAAUUUUCAAUAAUCUUUGUAUAAUUGUAAUAAUGUAUGCUUUUGAUUGCAAGUAUUUUGAUUUUUUUUUAAACUUCAGAAUGCUAGUGUUCCUGUGAUUAAUUACGUGUAAAAAAAAAAAAGCAACAGCAAUGAAGGAAAUUUGAUGACAUUUUGCAAAGAAAUGUUUUGUUGAAAAAUUGACAUGUAUGGACAAAAAUUGGAUGGGAAGAGAACUUUUUAAAGGAAACCAACCAAAACGACGAGUGAGGGUCUUGUUUAUUAUUAAAAAAAUUGCUGGUUCAUUAGUACAUAUUGUUGUAAAUUCAAAUGAUUCCAAAAUACACACUAAUUCAUAAUUCACUGAUUUCAUUUUCAAACGGUGGAGAAUAUAUUACUCUGAAAAUAUGGCAGCAGAGA